AUGAGCGUAAUUACACCAAUCAAAAAUAUCGAUGAACUUUUAAAGGAAGUCAAGAUUCAUGAAGGAAAAAGAGUAUUUAUCUUGUUCUGUGGUACACCCCUGUCCGAUGGCACCAACUGGUGUCCUGAUUGUGUUAAAGGCGAACCAAUAGUAAAAGAAGCGCUUAAAAAAUUACCAGAGAAUGCAGUUUUUCUAAAAGUAGAAGUUGGAGAUCGAACUACUUGGCGUGAUCCUAACAACGUGUUUCGAACGCACCCGAAAUUUCGAAUAAGUAGCAUCCCUUCACUGAUCGAAUUUAACACGAAUUUCUAUCAAGUGACCUCACUUCAUCCUUGUAUUCGGUUUUUGAUCAUAAGCUAA